AUGGCUGUUAUCCCCUCGCUGAUCAUUGCAUCCAUCCAGAUAUCGUCCCAUUACCUUUUUUUCAAAGACGGCAAGGAUCAAACAACGUUGUCGAUCCUGGCAGUUUUGGUCUGGGGAUCAUACUACCUGGCCAUCUACACGCCUCCAGGAACGCCUCCCAAGGGCUAUCGCAUUGACAGAACGGUGUCUCCACAGAAAACAUGGUACAAAUACUGCACCAAGUGCAAACAAGACAAGCCUGAAAGGACCCACCAUUGCAAAACGUGCAAACAGUGCGUUUUGCGCAUGGAUCACCACUGUCCUUGGACGAUGAACUGCGUGGGCCACGAAAACAUGCCCCAUUUCAUCAGAUUCCUUGUCUGGGUGUUGGUGGCCACCUCGUACACGUUCUGGAACCUGUCGUCCAAACUAGCACAGUACUACACAAACAGACACUUACCGGCGUAUCUGUUCAACACCAAGGACGUGUUUCUGGUCAUAGCUACAGCCUUAUUGUCAUUCUUUGUUCUCUUUACCAUCGGCAUCCUGUUCAUACGCACAUUCUUCUCUCUCACUACAAAUGAAACAACUAUAGAGAAUUGGGAAAGAGAACGCAUUCAAACACAAUUCUACACGGAAAAGUUCUGGAUCAAAAUCAGAAACAACUAUCGGAUUAUCCACGGAAAGUCCUUGCCAACUCUCACGUCGUGGAAGUCAAACUAUAGAGAGCUGAAACCAGACUCCAAUAUUCCUCCAAACUUCUCCUACGACGACCUCAUUUUCCCGUACGACACCAACUCGGCGUUCCAGAACCUGUGCUCCGCGUUGGGCCCAGUCUACCUCUGGCUCUGGCCAUGGGGAAGACCUCGGGAAGACGGUAUCCACUUCACUAACGUCAACGAAGACGAAGACCAACUCAACCUUCCUUGGCCACCAGACGGAUCUAACUUCGAGUCCCAGUCCCAGGAACAAACCGUUUCGUCGUGGUCGAACCAGCUCGGCGAAACGUUAGACGACUUCGGUGUCGACGUCUCAACGGAACCUUACGAAUCAUCAAAAUACAUCUGA